CAUCAACAUUCAAAUUCAAACCGUCACUUGCCUUCAAAAAAAGUGAAGCUUUUGGUCUAUUUUCUCUGGCUGCUAUUUAUAUAACUAUUUUAUCGGUUUUUGGCAAAGAAAAUAUGGAUAAUCCUUCGUGGGAAAAGAUACUAGUAGACUGGGUAAAUUGUCUAAAACUCGCCAAACCUAUACAAAAACUGGACGAUCUCAGAGAUGGACUAUUUUUUAGCAAUCUUCAAAAAGUUUUGAAGAAAUCUUCAGAAGUAGAUCCAGACGUUUUAAGCUGCAUUUUUGAAAUAUUAAAAGAGCAUUAUUCUCAAUUUGUUAUACCAAAUAAUGUGUCCAUUCAUCUCAAUGAUCUUCCUCUAACUGAUUUAGCUGCCAUUACAUCAAUAUUGAUGCAUUAUACAUGUAUUCAUGAUCGUAGAGAUGUAUUAACCUCUCCCUUAUGUUACAAUCUACAAGAAUUUACUCAAAUAAAGAUAAGAAAUUUCUUAGAAAGAGUGCAAGAAUGUACAAAUCUAUCUUACAAUGAACUUGUAACAGUUAUUGAGAAUUGUAUAGGAGAACAGUCCCAGAUACAAAAUUGGUUAUCAUCAAACAAUUUUAACAAUUCACGAAGUCCUUUACAAGAUGUCUUGAAAACCCCUGUUCUAAAAAGUACCAGGAUGAUUGAAAGAGAUAAAGAAAUAGCCAAACUUAAGUCAAAUCUAGAGUUAGUACAAGAAGAGAAAGAAACUAUUGAAGAAGAACUUAAGAAUCAAAUUACUAAAAACAAAAAACUUGAGAAGCAACUUAAUCAGAAAACUAUUGAAAUUUCUAACCUCAGAGGAGAGGUUCUAGAAUUAGAAGGUAGAACACCUCCCCACUACAGAGAUAGAGAUUUCAGAGAUAUGCAAAAGCUACUUAGAACUCAAGUAGAAAGCUUAGAGCAAAUACUUGAACAAUGUGAGAAAGAAAAUGAACAACUACAGGAAGAAAGAGAUAAAGAAAAAGCUCAAGUAAGACAAUUAGAAUCUCAGUGUAAAACUUGGUUGGAAAAAUUCAUUGAAACUGAGAAAUGCUUACAAUCCGUAACUGAAAAUUACAAAGAACAGCUAACUAAGAAUGAAAACUUAAAGUUUCACUGUGUAGAAUUAGAAGCCCUUUUAGAAGAACUGAGACCAAAUUCAAAAAGUGAAAGUUUUAUUGAGGAGAGUUUUCUUAAUACCAAUCGCUGGUCAAGAAGUUUGGAAGAACAACCUGGUGAGGAUUUGGCACAUUCAGUAGUUGAUAUUCAACUUAAAGAAUUACAAAAGGAAAAUGAAAACUUAAAAAACAAUUUAGAUGAAAUUAAUGCUGUUAUUAAAGGCCUUAAAAAAGAAAUUAAUAUUUUAACUAUGGAGAAAGCAAUUUUAAUUGAAGAAAAACAUCAACUGGAAAGUGAGCUUCAAGUAUCAAAUGAAAAAAUAGAAGAAUUUAUUUUGAAAAAUAAAGAAAUAUAUACUUCUUUGACAGAAGUAACCAGAAAGAAUGAAAAUCUGACACAAAAUAUGAAUGAUGCUCAAGAUCAAAUGGAUAAAUUAAUUACAAAUGAGAAAUAUCUUACUGGCAAAUUAGCAGAGGUGUCUAGAGAGUUAGAUACUGUUAGAGACGAGAAAGAAAGAGUAUCUUGUAAAUUAGGUGAAUAUCAAUUAGAAAAUGAAAUAAAUUUCAAAGCAAUAACUGAUUUAAAAUUGAUUAAUGAGACCCUCAUUGCUGAAAAGGACACUCUGUUUAAAAAUCUUCAAAAUGUUACUCAAGAAAAGGAAAUCUUAAACUCCGAAAAAGAUGCUCUGAAAAAUAUGCUAGAUAGUGCUAAUGAUCUUUCCAAAGACUUAAAAGAACAAAUUAAUAAACUUACACUUGACCUUGAAUUUAACUGUGACAAAAAUAAUAAAUUGUGUCAUAAAAUUAAUACAAUGGAAAAUGGUUUUAAAAAAAUGUCAAAAAAAAUGUCUUCGAUGGAAACAGACUUGCAAAACUGUACACUAGAAAAAGCUAAUAUUUCUGAACACUAUAAGCUUUGUUCCAAAAAUUUGGAUGAAUUCAAAUUGAAAAAUGAAAAAAUAACAUCAUCUAUGUGUACCUUAACUGAAGAGAAUGAACAUUUAAGUCAAACUAUUUCAAAUCUUCAAGAUCAAUUGGACUUAUUUAAAACAAAGGAGAAAGAACUUUCGGCACAGUUAACAGAAAUUUCCAAUACAUUAAAAUCUGUUACAAACGACAAAGAAAAAAUUGCUGAUGAACUUUCUACACAGUUAACAGAAAUGUCUAAUAAAUUGGAAUUAGUUACAAAUGACAAAGAAAAAAUUGUUGGUGAAUUAAAUGAGUGUCAGUGUGAAAAUGAAAAAAGUUUGGCAGAUAAUGUUCAAUUGCAAUCAAGAAUAGAGGACCUUAUAUCUGAAAAAGAAUAUCUAUCAAAGAACCUUGAAGACAUCAACCUAAAACUGAGUGAAUCCCAAAUGGAAAAUAAAAGAUGUUUGGCAGAUAAUGAUCAAAAGCAAUCAAGAAUAGAAGACCUUAUAUCUGAAAAAGAAUACCUGUUAAAGAACCUUGAAGACAUCAACCUAAAACUAAGUGAAUCCCAAAUGGAAAAUGAAAGAAGUUUGGCAGAUAAUGUUCAAAUGCAAUCAAGAAUAGAAGACCUUAUAUCUGAAAAAGAAUAUCUAUCAAAGAACCUUGAAGACAUCAACCUAAAACUAAGUGAAUCGCAAAUGGAAAAUGAAAGAUGUUUGACAGAUAAUGAUCAAAAGCAAUUAAGAAUAGAAGACCUUAUAUCUAAAAAAGAAUACCUAUCAAAGAACCUUGAAGAGAUCAACCUAAAACUGAGUGAAUCCCAAAUGGAAAAUGAAAGAUGUUUGGCAGAUAAUGUUCAAAUGCAAUCAAGAAUAGAAGACUUUAUAUCUGAAAAAGAUUACCUGUCAAAGAACCUUGAAGAGAUCAACCUAAAACUGAGUGAAUCCCAAAUGGAAAAUGAAAGAUGUUUGGCAGAUAAUGAUCAACAGCAAUCAAGAAUAGAAGACCUUAUAUCUGAAAAAGAAUAUCUAUCAAAGAACCUUGAAGAGAUCAACCUAAAGCUAAGUGAAUCCCAAAUGGAAAAUGAAAGAUGUUUGGCAGAUAAUGCUCAAAUGCAAUCUAGAGUAGUAGACCUUAUAUCUGAAAAAGAAUACCUAUCAAAGAACCUUCAAGAGAUCAACCUAAAACUAAAUGAAUCCCAAAUGGAAAAUGAAAGAUGUUUGGCAGAUAAUGAUCAAAAGCAAUCAAGAAUAGAAGACCUUAUAUCUGAAAAAGAAUACCUAUCAAAGAACCUUGAAGAGAUCAACCUAAAACUGAGUGAAUCCCAAAUAGAAAAUGAAAGAUGUUUGGCAGAUAACGUUCAAAUGCAAUCAAGAAUAGAAGACCUUAUAUCUGAAAAAGAAUACCUAUCAAAGAACCUUCAAGAGAUCAACCUAAAACUAAAUGAAUCCCAAAUGGAAAAUGAAAGAUGUUUGGCAGAUAAUGAUCAAAAGCAAUCAAGAAUAGAAGACCUUAUAUCUGAAAAAGAAUACCUAUCAAAGAACCUUGAAGAGAUCAACCUAAAACUAAGUGAAUCCCAAAUGGAAAAUGAAAGAUGUUUGGCAGAUAAUGUUCAAAUGCAAUCAAGAAUAGAAGACUUAAUAUCUGAAAAAGAAUACCUAUCAAAGAACCUACAAGAGAUCAACCUAAAGCUUAGUGAAUCGCAAAUGGAAAAUGAAAGAUAUUUGGCAGAUAAUGCUCAAAUGCAAUCUAGAGUAGUAGACCUUAUAUCUGAAAAAGAAUAUCUAUCAAAGCACCUUGAAGACAUCAACCUAAAACUAAGUGAAUCCCAAAUGGAAAAUGAAAGAUGUUUGGCAGAUAAUGAUCAAAAGCAAUCAAGAAUAGAAGACCUUAUAUCUGACAAAGAAUACCUAUCAAAGAACCUUGAAGAGAUCAACCUAAAACUGAGUGAAUCCCAUAUGGAAAAUGAAAGAUGUUUGGCAGAUAAUGUUCAAAUGCAAUCAAGAAUAGAAGACUUUAUAUCUGAAAAAGAAUACCUGUCAAAGAACCUUCAAGAGAUCAACCUAAAACUUAAUGAAUCCCAAAUGGAAAAUGAAAGGUGUUUGAAGGAAAAUGAAGAUUUUAAAUUAAAAUAUGAAGCUUUGGUUACAGAAAAAGACUACUUGUCAGACACUAUUCAGAAGGUUUCCGAAGAAAAAACUAUUUUAUCAAAUAAUCUGGGUUUAAAUAAAAAGGAAUUGCAAAAUGUAAUACAGCAAAAGGAUGAAAUUUUAAACGUCCUUGCGUUAAGUAAUAAAGAAAUUGAAAAGAUUCAGAAAGAAAAAGAAUUCAGCCUUGAAGAGAACAACCGCUUAACAAAAGCAAAUAUUGAUUUAACACAGUAUUUAGAUACAUUAAAACACGAUUAUGACAAGGUGUUUUCUGAGAAGAAUUUAUCUACUGAAAAGUUUGAUAAUAGCAAUAAAAAACUUGAAGAUUGUAAUCAAAAAAUAAAUAAAUUAGUCGAAGAAAGGAAUAAUCUAUUAGAACAACUGCAUCAAGUUAAGGCUAAACUUUCCGAGAAAGAACUAGAAAUAAAUAAAUUAGUUGAAGAAAAAAAUAGUCUAUUGGAACAACUGCAUCAAGUUAAGGCAAAACUUACUGAGAAAGAAAUGGAAAUUAACAAUCUUUGUCUUGAAAAGUCAUUAUCAAUUGAAGAAAAAAAUCAGCUGGAAAAAGAGCUUCAAGAAUCAAAUAAAAAACUAGAAGAAAUUGAAUUCAAUUAUGAAAAAAUAUCUUCAAAUUAUCAAUCAAAAGUUAAAGAAAUGGUGGAUGUUGAAGAAGAGCUAAAGUAUUUCAAAGUUAAUUUAGAGAAUACUACUGGCGAUUUAAAAUGCAAACUAUUAGAAAAUGAAAAACUCAGAACGAGUUUAGAAAGUGUCAAUAAUAUAACAAAACAAAUUAUACAACAAAUUAACAUCUUUACUAUAGCUGAGAAAAACGAACUAACUUGUUCUGAAGACAUGGCAACUGAUGGAAGAAAUGCAGAACUCAUUUUCAAAGAAUUACAAAAUAAUCUUAGCUAUUUAGAUUCUGCCUUGAAAGAUGUUUACACAGAAAAAGAAAAUCUUGAGCAACUAUUAGAUUCAUCCAAUAAUUUGUCUAAAGAUCUGAAGGAAGAUAUAAAUGAACUUGUCCUUAAAUUAGAAUCUAGCCAAUCCAAAAAUAAAGACUUGAAGGACCAACUUAAUAAAAUUACCUAUGACUUUGAAUUUAAUUGUUCCAAAAAUAAAGAAUUGUGUGAAGAAAUUAACACGAUUGAAAAUAACUUUAAAAAUAUUUCCAAAAAAAUGUCUUUGAUGGAAAACGACUUGCAAAACUGUACAAAAGAAAAAGUAAAUAUAUCUGAAAAGUAUGAACUUUGUUCCAGAAAUUUAGAUGAAUCCAACUUAAAAAUUAAAAACAUAUCAGCAGAGAAUGAACAUUUAACUUUAACUAUUAAAGAUGCUCAAGAACAAUUGGAAAUAUUUAAAACAAAUGAAAAAGAACUUUCUGCACAGUUAACCGAAAUGUCUACUAAUUUAGAAUCUGUUACAAAUGACAAAGAAAAAAUUUCUAGUGAAUUAACCGAGUGUCAAUGUGAAAAUAAAAGAUAUUUGGCAGAUAUUGUUCAAAUACAAUCAAAAAUACAAGAUCUUAUAUCUGAAAAAGAAAACCUAUUAGAGAACCUUCAGGAGAUCAACCUGAAACUAAGUGAAUCUCAAUUGGAAAAUGAAAGAUAUUUGAAGGAAAAUAAUGAUUUAAAAUCUAAAAAUGAAUCUCUGAUUACAGAAAAAAAUGUUUUAUCUGAAACUCUGGAUUUAAAUAACAAUAAAUUGGAAAAAGUAAUUCAGCAAAAUAAUGAAAUUUUAGAUGCCCUUACAUUAAGUAAUAAAGAAAUUGAAAAGAUUCAGAACGAAAAAGAAUAUAUUCUUGAAGAGAAUGACCGUUUAGCAAAAGAAAAUAUUGAUUUAACACAGUAUUUAGAUACAUUAAAACACGAUUAUGAAAAGGUAUCUUCUGAGAAAAAUUCAGCUGUUGAAAGAUUUGAUAAUAUCAAUACAAAACUUGAAGAUUGUAAUCAAGAGAUAAAUAAGUUAGUUGAAGAAAGAAAUAAUCUAUUAGAACAACUGCAUCAAGUUAAGGCCAAACUGUCUGAGAAAGAAGUGGAAAUUACUAACCUCUGUCUUGAAAAGUCAAUAUCAAUUAAAGUAAAAAAUCAAUUGGAAAAAGAGCUUCUAGAAACAAAUAAAAAACUAGACGAAGUUGAAUUAAACUAUGAAAAAAUAUCUUCAAAUUAUCAAUCGAAAGUUAAAGAAAUGAUGGAUGUUGAAGAAGAACUGAAAUGUUCAAAAGUUGAUUUAGAGAACACUACUAGUGAUUUAAAAAGCAAAUUAGUCGAAAAUGAAACACUCGCAAACAGUUUAAAAGAUGUCCAUAAUAUAACAAGAAACAUUAUACAACAAAUUAAUAUCUUCACUAUUGUCGAGACAAAUGAAGUAACUUGUUCAGAAGACAUGGCGACAGAGGGAAGCAAUUUAGAAAUUAUUUUCCAAGAAUUACGAAAUAAUCUUAACCAUUUAGAUUCUGAAUUAAAACAUGUAUACACAGAAAAAGAAAAUCUUGAACGUCUCUUAGAUACAACCAAUGAUUUAUCUAAAGAUCUGAAGGAAGAGACACAUAAACUUGUGUUAGAAUUAGAAUCUGGCCAAUCUAAAAAUAAAGACUUGAAGGAAAAAAUUAAUACACUUACUUUUGACCUUAAAUCUAAUCAUUCCAGAAAUAAUGAAUUGUGUGAAAAAAUUUAUACAAUGGAAAACGACUUUAAAAACAUUUCAAAAAAGAUGUCUUUAAUGGAAACAGAAUUACAAAACUGUACAGUAGAAAAAGCAAAUACUUCUGAACAAUAUGAACUUUGUUCCAGAAGUUUGGAUGAAUCCAACUUGAAAAUUGAAAAAAUUACAUCAUCUUUGCUUUCAGUAACUAAAGAAAAUGAACAUCUAAUUCUAACUAUUAAAGAUGCUCAAGAUCAAUUGGAGAUAUUUCAAAUGAAUAAGAAAGAACUUUCUGCACAGUUAACAGAAAUGUCUAUUAAAUUAGAAUCUGUUUCAAAUGACAAAGAAAAAAUUGUUGACCAAUUAACUGAGUGUCAGUUUGAAAACGAAAGAUAUUUAGCAGAUAUUAUUCAAAUAAAAUCAAGUACAGAACACCUUAUAUCUGAAAAAGAACAUCUGUCAAAGAGCCUUCAAGAAACCACCAUGAAACUAAGUGAAUCACAAAUGGAAAAUGAAAGAUUUUUGAAAGAAAAUAAAGAUUUAACUUUAAAAUAUGAAGCUCUGGUUGCAGAAAAAGAAUACCUGUCAGAUACUAUUCAAAAGAUUUCUGAAGAAAAAACUGUUUUAUCCAAUUUUCUGGAUUUAAAUAACAAUGAAUUACAAAAAGUCAUGCAGCAAAAGGAUGAAAUUUUAGAUGCCCUUGCAUUAAGCAAUAAAGAUAUUGAAAAGAUUCUGAACGAGAAAGAAUGCAUACUUGAAGAGAAUGACUCCCUAGCAAAAACAAAUAUUGAUUUAACACAGUAUUUAGAUACAUUAAAACACGAUUAUGAAAAAGUAUCAUCUGAAAAGAAUUUAGCUGCUGAAAAAUUGGAUAAUAUCAGUAAAAAACUUGAAGAUUGUUAUCAAGAAGUAAAUAAAUUAUUAGAAGAAAAGAGUAAUCUAUUAGAACAACUGAAUCAAGUUAAAACCAAACUUUCUGAGAAAGAAACUGAAAUUAAUAACCUAGGUUUUGAAAAAUCAUCAUCAAUUGACGAAAAAAAUCAACUGGAAAAAAAGUAUCACGAAUCAAAUAAAAGACUAGAAGAACUUGAAUUUAAUAAUGAAAAAAUAUCUGCAAAUUAUCAAUCGAAAGUUAAAGAAAUGGCGGAUGUUGAAGAAGAACUAAAAUGUUUUAAAGCUAAUUUAGAAGAUAUCAAUAAUAUAACAAAACGAAUUGUACAACAAAUUCAUCGGUUCACUAUGAUUGAGAAAAAUGUAGUAAAUUCCUCAGAAGACUCGGCAACAGAUGGAAGAAAUCCCGAAAUUAUUUUCAAAGAAUUGCGUAACAAUCUUAGCCAUAUAGAUUCUGAAUUGAAACAGAUUUACACAAAAAAAGAAAAUCUUGAACAUCUCUUAGAUACAACCACUAAUUUAUCCAAUGAUCUGAAGGAAGAGAUAAAUACACUUUCCUCCAAAUUGGAAACGAAUCAAUCUAGAAAUAAUGACGAAGUUAAUAAAUUAAAAGAAGACUUUAAAAGAGUUUCUAAUAAUUUAUUUGAAACUGAAAACGACCUGCAAGCAUGUUUGGAAGAAAAGACGAAUAUUUCGGAAAAAUAUGAAGUUUGUUUAAAUAAUCUGAAAGACUCCAACUUGAAAAAUGAAGAAAUCUCAGCUUAUUUGGAAUCAAUAACAAAAGAGAAGGAAAAUUUGAGUCAUAUUAUUAAAAAUACUCAAAAUCAGUUAGAAACUGUAUCCUUACAUAAUAAGGAACUAUCUGCUAAGUUAAGUGAAAUUUCUGAUACGCUAGAAAUUGUUUCAAAUGAAAAAGAAACUGUUAUCUGUAAAUUAAGUGAGUAUGAAUUGAAAAAUGAAAAAUAUGUCAAAGAAAUAGCAGAAUCAUCACUAACUUUAAAUACAUACAAAGAAAAUAGUGAGAAAUUAUUAGCUGAAAAAAAUGAUAUUUUUGAAAGAUUUGAAAAAGUUAACAAAGAACUAGAAAAUUAUUCUCUAAAAAUAAAUAAUUUAUCAAAAGAAAAUUAUAACUUACUAGAUCAAGUUGAAAAAAUAUCUCAAGUUAAAGCGAAAUUUUCAGAGCAACUGGAUCAAGUUUCACAAGAAAAUGCGAACUUAUCUGAUAAAAUUCAAAAUAUGAUGAAGAAAAAUUAUGAGAACUCAGAGUACAUCAAAGAUCUUUUACAAAAAGUUGACCAUUUGACAAGUGAAAAUACAGAACUUUUAGGUAAAUUUACAACUGUAUCAAAUGAUCUGGAGGAAAAAUCAAACAAUGUUCAUGUAUUAGAAGUAACUUCUAAGGAAUUAAAGAAGCAACUUGAUGAAAAAUCAGAAAUAUUAGAUAAGAUAUCAGAAGAAAAUAAGGGUAUCUUUGAUAUUGUAGACAGAUUAUCCCAAGAAAAAACAGAAAUGAUGCAUACCAUUGAUAGCAUUUCAGAAGAAAAAAUGCAGCUAUUAAAAGCUUUAGAAGAUCUUAGUAAUGAAAUAGAAGAACUUUCACAAGAAAAAGUUAAACUCUUAGAAUGUUUAGAUCUGAGUGAAAAAGAACUCCAAAAAGUGAAAAAAGACAGAAAUGAAAUCCUAGAAGACCAAACUAAAAUAAUGAAAGAGACUGAGAGUAAUCUAUUACUUGCUCGUCAAAGUGCUGUAGAUGUGAAGAAUGAUCUAUUAAAGAGAAUAGAAAAUGCAGAAGAGGAAAACGAAAUUUUAAGAAAACAUCUAGAACAAGACAGUAAAAAGAUUCAAGAAUCUUAUUUAUCUGUCGUUACUUCUAAUUCAAAAUUAGAAUUGGAAACCCAUAACUUGCGGAAGAAAAUCGAAGAUAAAAACAGACAACUAAACGAUCUUUCACAGAUUAAAGAAGCUUAUGAGAAAUUAGUAGAAGAAAACAAUAGUUUAUUGACCGAAAUAGACACUAUCAAAUUCAAAAGGGCAAGAGACAGAGAAGAAUUUGUAACUCUUUUAAAAAAAGAACGGGAAGAAGCCGAUUUCCGGGAAAGUAAACGAGUUAAGGAAGUUAGAAAUGAGUACGAAGCUAAGCUGGAAAAAAUGAAAGAUAAAAUGUUAAAAUUAUAUCGUGAAGAAGUCAACAAGGAAAUGCUGAAAGUUAAAGCAGAACAAAGUGAAACUAUGUGUUAUUUAAAAACGAUAGAAGAUUUAAGGAGUGACCUUUCUGAAACUGAACGUAAGGCACAUUUGUUAGAAACUAAGCUAGAAAUGCAAAAAAUCAAUGAAUCUAAAUCACAAAGAAGUAUCCAGCAAUCUAAACAAUCAUUAACAUCCUUAAGAAGCCGACACGAGCAAAGUGAAUCUGUCAGAGGAAGUCUAACUUCAUUACGAUCUUUUGGCAGAGAUAAUGAUAUGAAAACCAGAAAAGAAUCAAUGCAAUUGGUUAAGAAAGGUAAAAGUGUUUCUACAUUACCAAGCCACACUUACCGUGAGAGCAUUGUUAGUGGUCGUGAUAGAAGGCUGGCAACAUUGCCUCGUUCAAACAUCACAGAAAUUCAAGAAACAAUUACGAUUUCUCGAAGAACUUCUUUAAAUAACGUACCGAAUUUAGAAAUGGAAGAUGAAGACGACGAUUUCAAUAAUAAAUAUUUGGCCGAUUUGAAGGCAGGAAAGUGCGUUAUUGGUAAUGGAAAAGAAUCUACCAGGUUUUCAGAAUUGGCUUGGAGAAAUUCAAUGCUACCGCCACAUCUACAAUCAUCAUAUCCCGCCGAAACCCAGUUCGUUAGCCCGUCUAAAUUCAAAGAAGAUGAUUUGAAGGUGGGUAAUAUAGAUUUAGAUGACAGCUUGUGUAAGCUACUUCCAGGAGAAAAGCCCAGACAGAAAAAAGAUUUUGGUACGACGUCGUACAAAAAACCUGGCCCACCAACUCCGAGCAAAAAUGGAGGAAGGGCAUCGUUGCAGAGCAAUGAAAUUCAACCUCUAAGGGAACAAAACGAGAGAAGUCCCAAAAAAAUGACCCCAAGUAGAAUUAAAUCACUUUUUAUGGGAAAAACUAAUAUCAGAGAAAACUCAGAGAAUCAAAGUAUUACUCCAAGGACGCUCAGAAAACUCAGUAUCUUCCGCAAACAGAAGUAAAAGUGUUUAUGUAAUGUAUUGUACAUUUUUAAGUGUUUUAAAAUUUAGUUUCCUUUUUUAAUUUUUAUACUAGCCAUAUACUUUUUUG